UUUGGACGCUGACCAGUGUGCCUGCUGAAACAGCGUUGUUUUGUUUGGAAAUGAUGUGAGUAACGCGAGUUCACUUUUAAUUGACGGGCUUUUGAUGAAGAAUAGAUUUGAUGAUUUUAAAAAAGAAAGUCGCGAGUUAUUCGUUACUUGCUGAUAAAAUGUGAUGGGCGUGUGAUGGGCGGCGACGGGAGUAAAAAUAAGGAAUCAUCAUCACUGGUGAAGAGGAGAUCCCUGUCAUGUCAUCAGGGCUUUCUGUCUGUCCCGGCUCAGCUUGUUCAUCACAGUCUAUUUAGACGCAGCGCCCAGCACCUAGAAUACCCCGUCUCUGAGCAAUCUCGGCCCUCAGACUCAAACCCUGAGGGGCCCCGUCUGGAGUGGACACUGCCGGGCUUUAUUUCCGUUUUCCUGCCUGAGUUUCCUCACGGGUUUACUGGGCGUAAGCAUUUACAGAUUCUUGGUUUUGUAGCUAAAGGCUCAUUUGGUCCAAUCCUGAAGGUGAAGGAUGUGUCUAAAGAUGAGACUUAUGCUAUAAAGGUGACUUAUUCUGCCUUGUUUUCAUUUUAUUGCCUUUUCCAAAAUGUUUUAUGUUUGCUACGCUGCAUCAUCCUUGUCCAGAAUUUCUGCUGUCGCUGUUGGUUAGGUUUUACCCAAAGCGGAGGUUUUGAGACAUGGAGUCCUCCAGCAGUCCAAAGAGGAGGUGAUAAUUCAAUGUGUGAUUACUGCAGCACUGGAGAUCUCUAUACUUACUGGACACUGAACGGCUGCUUUGAUGAGAGAGAUGUUCGAGUGUUUGCUGCUGAACUGGGCUCUGCUUUGGGUUUUUUGCAUGACUUUGGAAUAAUACACAGGGAUGUGAAGAUGGAGAACAUCCUUUUGACUGAUAAAGGUCACCUCCGCUUGACUGAUUUCGGGCUGUCUCGCCGACUCGAGCGUGGGGAUAGAGCGUUUACUAUCUGCGGCACAAUACAGUACAUGGCUCCUGAGGUCCUGAGCGGCGGCCCGUACAGCCACGCUGCAGACUGGUGGUCUCUUGGCGUUCUUCUCUACGCUUUAGCCACUGGAGGGUUUCCUCUGCCGCCGGAAGCAGAUCACUGUGAUAUGCUCAGCAGCGUCAGUGAGUGUCCAUAUGACAUGCCGGCAACCCUCAGUCCAACUCUGGCCUUCCUGCUCAUAGAGCUUCUGUGCAAGAUCCCCACACGUCGCUUAAGGUGCCUGGAGCUCUAUCAAAACCAGAAGUUUUUCCACGGCAUGUCUUUUGAUUCCCAGCUGCUGCAGAAAAGUCCCAUCAAGCCAAUCCUGGAGCUGAAGAAUCAUCCUGACCGACCGGAAAGGUCGAUGCGAGGUUUAUCAUUAGACCUUCUUCAGAAUUUUGAGUGUGACCUACUGAACUCUCCAUCCACCUCUGCAGAUUUGUCUCCUACCUUGAUGAAGAUUAAGGUAAAUCAAGACACAGUAGGGGCUGAAACAAAAGCAAUAGGAACCAAUUCUCCAUGAAAACAGAAAACAAAAAUAAACUGUUUUUUUCUCUUCAGUGUUUUGCCAAAGACAAGAUAAAAUGCCACAGUAUUUUUCUAAUAGUUCACCCACAUAGAGCACAAACAAAUCAGUCUAUGUGAAUAGCCAGUAAUAGCAUUCAUUAAUAGAUUUUUGACAAUGUUACCUCUGUUUUGAAAGUUUAAUAAUAUGCCGAUAUUUGCCUUAAUGAUACAAGAACUGUUGGGUUUUAUUUUCUUUUGUUCCUGUGUAUAUUUUCACUCAUUUUAAAACUAAUCUCAUUUUUACAUUUGUUUUUAUAUUCAUACCACUUACAGUGAUGCCCUGUUUGCUGUGGCAGCAUAAGAGUGAUAAUCUGACAACAAUAAAUAAAACUUAUCAUGCUUAAACACAUAAGUACAUUGAGAUAUUAAUAUCGAGAAACUUUUUAGACACAAUAUUUCCAGUUACUUUUUUGCAAAUAA